CUACACACACACACUUGAGCUACAAAAGGGGCCAUCCUGCCACUGCUCUCACUCUAAAAGUCCCAGUGUUGUGUGACUGUGAAGAGGGACGGUCUUUGCCUACUUCACAGUAGACCACUUGGGCUGUGAGGUCUGAGUCCAGCUUGUAACAGAGUCCAGCUACCUUAUCUGAGUUUUGGAAAACUAAAAAAUGGGCAAUUCAAACGGCUGCACUGUGGACGACCUGCAGGCUGUGGAGAUGCACCUGUGGUACAAGAAGUUCAUGACUGAGUGCCCCUCAGGGCAGCUCACCCUGCACGAGUUCAAGCAGUUCUUCGGGCUGAGAGGUUUGGACCCAGAGGCCAACGCCUACAUUGAGCAGAUGUUUCGCACGUUUGACAUGAACAAGGACGGCUACAUAGACUUCAUGGAGUACGUGGCCGCUCUGAGUCUGGUGAUGCGGGGAAAGAUGGAGCACAAGCUGCGCUGGUAUUUCAAACUCUAUGAUGUGGAUGGGAACGGCUGCAUUGACCGCCACGAGCUUCUGAACAUCAUCAAGGCCAUCCGCGCAAUCAAUGGAAAUGAAAAUCAGGAAACAUCUGCGGAGGAGUUCACUAACCGAGUGUUUGACAGGAUUGAUAUAAAUGGAGAUGGGGAGCUUUCCCUGGAGGAGUUUGUGGCUGGCGCUCGCAGCGAUGAAGACUUCAUGGAGGUGAUGAUGAAGAGUCUGGAUCUCGCCCACAUCGUGGCCAUGAUCCACAACCGGAGGCGAAGCAUUUAGGAUCCGUCCCUUCCGAUUACCUCAUCCUCAUUCACGAUUUGACCUGAAUGUUUCAGUCAGUCGGGUCAUUUUAUAGACUGAGAUUUCUAUUAAGAUUGAAUCCACUUUAAUAUGAUUCCAGUGUGUCUUGGAGACUGACACAUAUCUUAUGUUUGAUCUCUAAAGGAGUGACACAUAUGCACUUUAAAUGGGAUGACUCAGUCAGCCUUUGCAGACUGCUCAUUGUCCUUGUUUAAUGAUGGAGAUCGCUCCCAAGGCCACCUCGGCAUGAGGGAUGAUCUCUCAGACGGUCCACUUACCCUAAGACACCCUGAGGCAUAAAGGAGGGAGAUAGUGGAGUAGCAGAGUGGCAAUUACAUACACUCGACUAGGCUUUCCAAAUCUUUUUUUUUUAAUAUAUAUAUAUAUAUUUCUGAGUUCCUCUGCACCAAAUUACUCAAAUCUCUAUUUACCCGCUCUUGCCUGGGGGGUUUACAGGAGGGAGCUAUGACACUGCAGUGUGCUCAACAUCCAUGCUAAUUUGAUUAAGUCAGUGGCUGUAAAACAGGAGCAGGUGGGAGAUGUGGCAGUGAAAAAACAGUUAUCAAAUGUUUACCUUUUAUAUACAUUUGUAACUUUAUUUUUUUUUUAAUCUUUUGAAAACAAAAGUUUAAGUUGGAGCGAAACGCAGGCUUGUGGUUUUGCAGCUUUUCUCUCUGUGUGGGAGUUUCUUUGGCUGAAUGGUUUGCUUUUUUUAUUCAGCAUUAAUGGAGAUUAGUUUUGUUAUGUUUGUUGGCUACGCUCAUCUUGUGCCUUCUGUUGGAAGACUACAGAAUGUGUUUGAGUUCAGCUUUUGCUUAUUUGUACACUAAAAAUAAACAAUAAAAAAAACAAUACACACACA